UUAAGUCACUAAGAGUUUUUAUAAAGAAAUUGUACGUGAAAUUGCGUUACAUUAUUUUAUUUUUGUAAAUAACUUUCGUAUUUACUUGAUUGUUAAUAAUUGAAUUACAAUAUAAAGUAAAAUUGUAUUGAAGUUUUUAAUUAAUUACAGACCAUUAAAUAUAUUUAGAUUGAAUACAAAAAUGGAAAAAAAAAUUGUAAAAGAUAUUGGGAAGAGGAAGUUUCUUAGAUCAAGCAAAAACAAACUUUUUAUCAUAAAUGAGGCUAAACCAGCUAUUACAUGUCUUCAACUCCCUACUGGAAUGGAUUUUCUUCAACACAUUGUCUACAGAAGAUCACUACUUCCUCAUAAUGUUAAGAAGUCAGCAAUUUUAUCAUGCCCUCCUUACAAGAUUCAGGGUUACAAGAGAUGUGAAGUAGAUGAUUGUGAAUGCAUUUUAGGCUUAAUUAAAAGACCAUGGCUUAAAGCGGGAUUUCAAGUAAUGUCAGAUAAAAGUAUUAUCAAGAACCUUAUGAAGAUGGACAAGAAGUAUUCAGAUUUGAGUAGAAAUAAAUGCAGAUGAACAGCUAGAGACAAGGUUAAUCAAGGGGAGUUUAUUUCAUUUUUGAAAAAGCUGUUUUGGAUUGGUUCUACAGAUUUAAAGAACCAAAUUAGGAAGGAUAAAAAACGCUCAGAUAAAGAUAAGUACGAUGAUUUAACUUUUUUGGAAGACCAGGAAGGACCGAGAUAUUUUAGUUUGGGAUCAGAAGAUAGAAAAUUUAGCAAAAAGGUUUUGUGUUGUUUUUAUUGGGUUAAUUUGACGUUUUUUAUUCAAAUUUGCUAAUUUAACAUACAUUAUUUGUUAAUACACAUACACUAUGUUAAAACAA